CUGCUCGUUUCGCGUUCCCUACUUCUUUAUCCAUUCACUCUCUCUGCAUCUGCGGUUACACAAAACCAAAAUAUUCAAUCAAUUCUGUGUGGAUAAUGAGAACCAGGAGAGGUCUGUGUUAUUCCAGAGAUAUGGACGAGUUUUGCGGCGAAGAGAUCAGCUGCAAUGGACGGAAGAGGAGGAAAGUCGCCGGAGAAGUGGUUGAUUGCAGUAAGAGGACGAGAUUUGCGCCGGACGCCGGUGGAGAGCGUGAUUUCUUCGAUGAUUUGCCUGACGAUCUCGUGCUUUGUAUUUUGUGUAAACUUAGCUCCACCGCUGGAUGUCCGGCGGAUUUCGUCAAUGUUUUGAUGACAUGCAAGAGAUUUAAUGGAUUAGGUCUCAAUUCUCUGGUGCUAUCCAAAGCUUCGCGAAGGAUGUUCGCAGUGAAAGCCAGAAAUUGGUCGGAUUCCGCUCACCGCUUUCUGAAGCUCUGCGCCGACGUCGGCAAUGUCGAAGCCUGCUACACUCUAGGCAUGAUUCGAUUCUACUGUUUACAAAACCGAGGAAGCGGAGUAUCGUUUAUGGCGAAGGCGGCGAUUGAAUCGCACGCGCCGGCGCUGUACUCACUAGCCAUAAUCCAGUUCAACGGCAGUGGCGGCACGAAAAACGAUAAGGAUCUACGCGCCGGCGUCGCGUUGUGCGCACGCGCCGCCUUCCUCGGCCACGUCGACGCUCUCCGCGAGCUCGGCCACUGCCUACAAGACGGUUACGGCGUGAAGCGCAACGUCACCGAAGGCCGCCGCUUCUUAAUCCAAGCCAACGCGCGUGAGUUGGCCGCCGUCCUCGUCGCCUGUCCGUCGGCGGCGGUGCCACGGUCGUGGCUGACGUGGAAUCCCCACCGCCACGCCGCCGCCGACGGCGGCGGCUGCCCGCUGUUGAGCGAUUUCGGGUGUAAUGUGCCGUCGCCGGCGCCCCACCCGGCGAACCAGUUCCUAUCCGACUGGUAUUCCGGUCGGACCGGCUCCAACCCGGGUUCGGAGCUCCGGCUCUGUUCCCACUCGGGUUGCGGCAGACCGGAGACACGUCGGCAUGAAUUCCGGCGGUGUUCGGUGUGCGGAGCAGUGAAUUAUUGCUCACGUGCCUGUCAGGCGCUGGAUUGGAAGCUGCGCCAUAAGGUUGAGUGCUCACCCGUGGAAAGAUGGGCUAACGGUAACGUUAACGACGUUAACGCUAACGGCGACGUGGACGAGGUGAUGGAGGAUAGUUAGCGGUGCUCCAAAAAUAACCGAAAUUUUGUCUAAUUAAAAAAGAAAAAGAAAAAAAAAUAAUAUAUAUAUAUAUAUAUAUAGUCUGUAAUGUAAUAUUUAUUGGGUUUUUUUUUUUUUUAAAUUUUAUUUUGAAAAAAAAUUAAA